UCUGUGAAGUUUAAAAUUUUUGUCAACAACAGCAUAUGCGUAUCAUAUUCUAUUCUGCUAGUCUAGAUUAUUAAGUCUUGUGUCCAUUUUAGAUGCGCUAGUGUGAAGUCACAAUAAAAUAAUUAUAACAUGUCACUAUCACUAGAUCUGCUUGCAGCAGCUUAUGCAGCCACAUUAGCUGCAGGGGGAAUCAUUGGAUAUGUAAAGGCUGAAAGCGUACCCUCUUUAGCAAUGGGUUUGGCCUGUGGAACUUUGAUGUUGUAUGGAGCUUUCCAGAUGGGACAAGAUCCUAAAAAUGUGACUUUAUCUUUGGUGACCUCAGCAGUUUUGACAGGUGUAAUGGGUUACAGGUUUUCAAACAGUGGCAAGUUUAUGCCUGCAGGAUUGGUUGGUGCUUUAAGUUUGUUGAUGGUGUUGAGACUAGCAUACAGAGUUAUGUCAGACUAAGAGAAAUCAGGAUGUUGCAGAUUAAAUCAGAUUGUUCUUAAGAUUUCUUUUUUAUGUAUGAUUGUAAAGUGAUUAAUUAUCUUCCAUUCUUUUUUUUUUUUAUUCAUGUGACACUAGACAGAUUUUUUAUUUAUUUGAGUGUUUUCAUUCAUUGAUAACAAAUAAUAUAAUGUGUGUGGACCAGAGAAAGUGCUUUUCUUUAAUUAGCUUGAACAAAUGUAUUCUUCAGAUGCAUCAGAUUCUAAGAGGAUUUCUUGUAUAUAAUUAAAAGAAAUUUUAUGAGAAAAUAUAUUUCCAGAUAUUUAAAAAAAAAAAAAAAUCUUAAUUAUUUUUCAUUAUUCUCAUUACUAAAUUUUUUUUUUUCCAUGGCAGCUUAAAUACUUUUCUUUAAGACAUCAUAUAUUGGUCAAUAUACAUAGGAUGUCUGCAUGCUAGUAUGAUGAAAUUGUUUUUAAAUAUUGACAAGUACUUUUAUAUAUUUUACAAAUCAAAAACCUCAAUGCUUUGUUAGAUGUAUGAAUUUUGAAUUACUGGACAAGAUAUUGACUAGCCAGUGUACUUUCUAGUAGUUUCUAAUGCAUGCUGCUGCUGGACUAGUUUAUGUAAAGGCCUCCAUGGUUUCCUUAGAUUUGGCAUGAAUGAGAUGUUUGAAUGAUAAAUAUGUUUUUGCUGCUAUGCAGAAAUAAAAUAAAUUAGAACAUAGAUCUAUGCCUAAUAAAAAAUGUGUUUGUCAAAUUCUUUUUAUACUUAUCUUUUAAUUAUUAAUUACACUAAAAUUUUGUUAAAAUAUGUUUAUAGGCAUGUUAAAAUUCUUUAGCAAGAAAAAAAUAAAAAAAUUACUUUAAAAAAAAGAAAAAACUUUAUACUACGAAAUGUAAUUGUAUCAAUUAGUUUGUUCAGUCAUGUAAUUAAGUUUGUAAUACAUCUAGACCAGUGGUCUUCAACCUUUUUUGGCCUACUGCCCCCUUUUCAUAUUUUUUCUUUGAAAAAAUCUGCCAGCGCCCCCCCCCCCCUCCCCCCCUGUAAGAAAUACACUUAUAAAGAAGCGUGAGAAGGCAAAUUAGAACAAAAUGUCAUUAUUUAAUUAAUUUUUAUGCUGUCAAUAACACUUAUUCGCAUGGGAGAAGACUGCAUGCUAAAGGUGAUCUUCUUUGGCGAGCUUAGAGGAGGACGGCAUUACAGUGGUGCCCUCAUAAGAGCUAUAAGGAUCAUCUCAGGCACCAUUUCACCCUCACUGGCAUUGAGGAAAGUAUCUGGAAGCAGAUGGCCUCUGAGAGAGACAGUUGGAGAGCUCUCACAAAGCUGCGGGAGAAACAUUUGAGAUUCAAAGAAAAGCCAUUAAAAACAGAAGCAAAAGACAAAGAAAAACUUAAAUAGACCGUUCGUGAAAAUAUGCAGGUCGCAACUGGGUUUGCUUAGUUUUGUGAAACACUGCAGUCAGCCUUAAUCUUCGGAAUUGAAGACAUAACAUUAUUAUCAUUAUGCAGACAUCAUAUCAAAUAAUUUACACACAAAAAUUUAUUUCAUUGUCAUGACUUUCUAUGAAAUCCUAAGAAUAGUCUUUUUUUAAAUUAAUGAAUAUUAGGGCCUACUGUUUUUAGGUUUAAUUUUAAAUUAAGCUUUAUUUUUAAUAUUAACAUUAUUAUUGCUAAAUUCACUACAAAAUGAAAUUAAGCUAUUGGGAACCUUGUGCCUCCUGUAGCCUGACAAUAUUAGAAAUUUCAAGCUAUUUCAGUCUAUUUCUUUGCUUGUAGAUUAGGUUUGUUACACACUAAAUCUAGGUUUACCAUGUAUGUUGAUGGAAAAGUUAAAACAUAAUUUCAUUUUCGACCAGUUUUGGAGUUUUCUUUAAAAAAUAUUAAAGUGCAGCCAUAUCUCUGUUGUGCAUCCUAUGUUAACAUUUUUACUGAAGACAUAAUUUUGUAAAUCUAUUUUUUCUUGCAACUCAAUUUGAACAUCAGUAACAGAUGUUUAAUAAUUGUCAUUUAUAUUAUUUUUUUUAUUUAUUUACAUCCUAAAAGCGAAUUGUCAUUUCUUUAUAGAGCAUUGUUAGGUGAAUUUCAUAGGUAUUGAUGUCCUUAGGCAGUAAUUCAUUUGUGAACAAACAAGUUAUGUGAGAUUGUAAAACUCUUUAAAAUAUAUUUAAUAUCUCAAUAAAAGAAAAUCAAUGAAAGUCAAUUUCUUUCCUUGCAGUUGAAGGUUGGUUGGUUUCAUUCAUUUGGCGUUAGAUGCCUACCAUGUAAAACAAAUUUUUAGCCUGCUUUAAGUCAUCGCCAACAGUUGAAUCUUCCUGUUUCUCAAAAUGAGCAAUAACAAACCCCUUUCUAGAUUCAGCGAACUUCAGUUUACAACUAGAGUUUAACAUGCUGCUCAUUAUUUGUUUCACAAAAUUGUUGAAAGAUGCACUUACUUUUGGGGUGGGUUUGUAUUUUAUUUACAGUGCACAUUUAUUUUCUUCUGUAUUCUUUACGCCCAGCACCCCCCUAACGCCCCUUUGGCUCCCAGUGCCCCCAAAUUUCACAAAGAUGCCUCCCAGGGGGCGCUCGUUGAAGACCACUGAUCUAGACCAACAACAAUAAAUGUUAUUAAUAAUAUUUUGACAAAUCGUUUUUGUUUUCUCAAUGCGCUGUGAUCCUAUCACUUAUCUGGACUAGUUGGGAAAAUGGGGGGAGAAAGAGAGGGAUAUCUAGGUGAAUUUUUUUAAAAGCAUUUAAAUUUCUUAUAAAUAAAAAAGGGGGGGGGGGGGAAGACCUGAAUUCAAAGUCAAGCACCCUGAAGCCAACAUUCUAGCCACUCUGCUAUGCUAGUGAGGUGUGUAUGAAAAUUUAAAGAUUGUAUCUAUUGUUAAUUUCAAACACUUUUUUAAAGUGGACUAAUGAGGCUUAUACCACCACCUAUGUACAAUUUCUUUACCUAGUUCAAGAUACCAAGUUAAUUACCAAUAGUUAAUAAACUAAUUGAUUUGUUCUUUUAUUGUAUUUAUUUUUGUAUUGUCAGAUAAAAGAAAUAAUUGUGCGAAAUUUCAGCACAAACUUGUUACCAUACAGAGUGAGUUGAUAUUUAAGCUUUGUAAAAACACCUCAAUACUAUUUCAACAAAACAAAUAAACUUUUUUUUUUUAAUUUA